AUACAAACUGGUGAUCCAGAAGGUAAGAAAUGAGUUAACACUUAAACUCCCAUGAGUGACCAAGGCAGAAUUUCUCCUUACAAUUUCAAUACAAUAUCAACCAGAUGAGUGAUGAGAAUAAAGAAAAAUAUCACUUUGGGGAUAAUUAGUUGAUCCAAUAUUAAAAUCUCUAAACUAACAUUAUGAGAAUGUAUGGUUGACAGUUAGGAGAAUGAUUAAUUUGAUCUGGUAGUUAAAGGGUUAAUCUCCCCUUUAAACUUCGUCUGCACAAGUUAGUUUUAUUUUGCAAGAGGGCUCGUGGAGGGGAAUGCUUGCUUUUCUCUCAAGCAAAGAAAACUUGACCACGAUUUUUAUCGAGGAAAUUUGCAAGGCGUACAAUUUCCCUGAAAGUCGACACAGUUCCUUGACCUUGAAGUGUGUCGGCUUGUCAAGUUACUAGAGCCAAUUCUAUCUCGGUCUCCUCACAGCCAUGUGAUUCUUUUUGUCUCCUUGUUUCCCGUUUUUGCUCAAAGAUCUCAAUGGUGAUUCUCCUUACUAACCAAAUUGUAUUUCUCAGCUUUAGUUCUGAGAUUUUGGUCUUUAAUCGUGAAGUAUCUAGUAUCCAAUUAAUGGUUGAUAUUUUUCUUCGUUCUCAAAACCUUUCUACUGAAUAGUGUACGAAAACUACAUGGAGAAAUCAUUUCUUGGUCACUUAUGUGAGUUAAAGGUUAAAAACUGGCAUGUCAGCCUUUGGAAAGUAGGACUUCAUUGAGAAAACAUGACACCUUUUCCAUCCACAUCACAAUAUAAUUUUUUUCGAGAAAUCUGCAAGACUACAACUAUACGAUUUUAUUUUUCUGUAAAUCAGGUGAUGGCACUGGAGGGGAAUCUAUCUGGGGCGGUGAGUUUGAAGACGAGUUUCAUCGAAACUUGCGGCACGAUCGGCCAUUUACAGUAAGCAUGGCUAAUGCAGGACCGAACACAAACGGCUCGCAGUUCUUCAUCACUGUCGUACCAACGGUAAGUACACCAGAGAGAAAACGGAGUUUGAAAUCGUUCUUCAGACAAUGGUGUGUUCAAAGAAAAGGGGACGACAGAUUUUUUACUUAAAACGUUUGCAAUUUAUUUCACCCAUUCAGUUGAGGUUUUCUUUAACUUUGAAUUUGAAGGGACAGUAGCCUGCCACGGAGGGGGUAGAGUUCGACACGAGAACAACCAUUACAAUUUCAAAAAAAAAAUUUAGAAAGCUGACGCUGUGAAGAUGAUAUAUGGGUACGCGUUGUAAGAGCUUCUGUGAGGCGGGGAAGCGCGUAACCUUGAAAUUCCCUAACCUAUCGUAUAUGGGCCUAUACCCAGUGUAGCUCUUUUGACCUUUUGAUUGGUCGAGAACACUCGCCUCAUCUUUUACCCAACCAAUCAGAUGCUAAACAAAAAUCAAGUGCGACGUGGUAUCCCUCGUUUUCCCGCGCUUUAGGCCGUUCGCCUGAUCUGAUUGGCUGUUGUGACAACCUCGGUUUUAACACCUUUCUUUUCAAGUACUUUGCACCACUGACUGACAAGAAGUUAAUUCGUUUCUUCGUUUCUUCUUGUCACAACAGCCCUGGCUUGACAACAAGCACACUGUGUUCGGCCGCGUCGUUAAAGGAAUGGACGUGGUGCAAGAGAUUAGUAAGGUGAAAACAAAUCCUAAGGACGAUAAACCGUACGACGACAUCAAGAUUAUCAACGUUUCUUUGAAAGGCUAA